ACCCCGCCCCUAAACCGACACGCCUAAACAAGAUGGCUGCUAAUGCAACACAUUUGCUCUCCGAUUCCCUCAUUGCUCAGCUCCUUGAAAUGGGGUUUGAUCAAGAGUCCAUCAGAGCCUGCGAGACUGCUCUGACUUCUUCUGGUUCUCCCAUUACUCUACAGUCUGCCACUGACUGGAUUCUGCAGCGCCAGAUGCCUCAUACUGGAUCCCAGACUCAAGCAGGACCAACACUAAGACUAGGAGGAGGAGGAGGUAAUGCACAAGACAAGGCGUCUAGUGCAACUACUGGUGCAACAGAAGGGGGAGGAGUUUCAAGUAUCAGUCGUCCAAUGUCUUCUGGAUCUGCUCUUGAUUAUUCUGUUCCUCUGAGAAGCAGGUAUGAUUUAUCUGAUGAGAAGAGAAAGAAAAAGGAGGAAUUUCUGAUGAAGGAGAGAGACGACGCAUUAAAGAAAGCAAGAGAGAGGAAAGUCGAUGAAAUGAGAGCAAAAGCAAUUGUCCUGCAGCAAAUCGAGGAGGACAAGCAAAGAAGGGCAAAUAAGGCUUUGGGCUCUUCCAGGUCUUCCACAACUCCUACGACUCCAGUGUCUAGUUCACCACUGACUGCCCCUAGUCCUACAGCAGCUACCACUGGCUCAGCACAGCAAUGCAGAGUACAGGUACGUCUGCCUAACGGGAGUGUUCUUCGUCAUUCUUUUCCCUCUGAAUCAGCUCUAAGCGAUGUUAGUAAAUUUAUUGCUGACACCCAUCCAUCACUUGCAAAUAUUCAGCUAGUCCAGCCCUUCCCUCAUAAGGAGUUCACAGUGGAAGAGCACUCACAGUCUUUGCUUAGCUUGGGUCUCUGUCCUUCUGCUUCUCUCGUCGUUAGCAAGAAACCCACACAAGCCUCACUAAAUCCACCUGCUGAUGUUGAAAUGCCAGAGUCAGUUGACCCUGGGAAAGAGAGAGAUCAAGAUGAUGAUGAUGAUGAUGAUGAUGAUGAUGAUGAUGAUGAUGAUGAUGAUGAUGAUGAUGAUGAUGAUGAUGAUAUGGAAGAAGGAGAAAAUCCUCAUAUAUUGCCACACCCACAUCCUGGUGGAAUACCAGGCCGCCUCCCACCUCACCCAUUUCCACCUGGUAGAGGCUUGCCUUUCCCUCCUUUGCAACCUGGUCGUGGGAUGGUUUUUGAGGGCGAAGGUCAUAGACUCGGUGGUAGUGAGGCUCCAAUGAGGUUUGGAGACCCACAGGCCAUGAGCAAACAUGUGACCGAUACAGCUCGACUAGCAGCAGAAAAGAGAGCCCAGACCAUUGCAAAGAUGGCUCCAGUCAACAAAAGUCGUGCGUCACAUGUCAUUCCUUCGCUAGAGAUGCUGUGUAUAAAAGUGUUGGAGAAGUGGAGCAGUGUUGAUCUCCUCCCUAAUUGCUCUCAUGUUCCUCCUAGGACUGCUCAAAGGCUUCUGACCGCUCUUGCCAGGGCCAAGCAGCUACAUCCAAAGACGCUCAACAUGUUCUUAAAAUGUCCUAUACAGUCAUUAGUACUUGAUAAUUAUUGUUAUGCUACAAACCAGUUACUGGAUAUGGUCAAGUAUUUUCCUAGUAUUACUCAUCUAAGUCUUGUGUCGUGUAAUCUCAUCACUGAUAAAUCCUUGAUGCAGUUAUUACCAUAUCUGCCUAAUCUAUCGUUUCUAAAUCUCAAUGAAUGUCAGCAAAUAUCAGACGAAAGUUUUCAAAAUUUCAAAAGUUUUAGUAGUAUCGCUGUACUCCGGCUAGCAUUUCUAAAGCUCACUGACACUGGACUCAUGUACCUCCUCCGAUCUCCUCUCCCUUCACUUCAAGAAUUAGACGUCUCUUACACUUUAGUAUCUUCAAAAGGUAUCACAAGAUUGGGACAACAGGCACCUGGCUUGAGAAUUUUGAAUAUAGAAUCCACUACAGUUUCUGACCUAUCUCCAUUAUCAUCACUGGAGCAGUUGCAUUCUCUCAAUCUCUCACGCUGUCCGAUAGAAGGGAACGUGGGACCACUGGCUCACUCCACUGCCUUAUCCUCUCUCAAUCUCUCUCACAUUCCUGUCGACUGUCAGCAGCUAAAGCUUUUGGCUGGUCUCAAGUUAACCUCAUUCAUAUUGCCCGAAAGAAGUGGAUUUUUCGAUCAGCACAUGCUCACUAUUUCAAGCUUUCCUCUUACUAGCCUUGAUUUGACUGGAUAUCGUAACAUCACUGAUUAUGGUGUUCGUUGCUUGAGUCAAAUGAAAUGUCUGUCACAAUUGUUUCUUGGGCGUACUAGACUAACAGAUGAAGGAAUGAAUUAUAUCAAAGAGCUGACUAACUUGAGGCAGCUGUCACUUGACAAUACUGGCAUUACAGACAAUGGGAUGAUGUGCAUUUCUGGUUUGGUUGACUUGGAAGAUUUGAGUCUUUCCGACACAAGGCUGACCAGUCAGUUUAUAUUGGACGGUGCUGUGGCUAGACUACUCAGGCUUCAGAAGCUAAACCUUGUCAGGACAUCUGUGGAUGACAAAGGAUUACUGAGACUCGGUCUCCCUUCAUUAAUAAUGUUAAAUAUUGACUGGACCUGUGCUACUGAAGGAGUAACCAUUGAACUCUUAAGAGACAAUGGCUGUCCUAGAUUAGAAACAUUAAGGAAUAGCAACAUAGGACAACUGUUACCCUCAGAACCUGCUCAGGUACCCCCUCCUCCUCCUCCUCCUCAAGAUUAUGAUGAGCUUGAGAGCGAUGAUGAAGACAGGUAGCUCAUUAUUAUAUUUAGAGCUGAUCAUAAGAGAAUAAUCAUUGUUAUUAUUAUUAUUAUUAUCACUAUUAUAUUAAUCAUUAUUAUGAACAAUUGAAUAUUGUGAUUUAUUUUAAAAUAAAGUCAGUCAAUCGUUCCAAAUUA